UUUCGCUCCUAUGGCUUCCGGCCUCGCCGCCUCGCCGUCGCGUGAAACCUCGUAAAACCCUAGGCACCGAGAUGGCCGCCGCGACGGCGACGGCGACCGCGACCGCUCCAGUGUUCGUCUAUUCCUCUUCCCUCUCGCGCCGCGGCUUCCUCCCGCUCCCUCGUCGCGCCGGCCGGCCCCUGGCCCUCCCGCUCCGGCUCGUCGCGUCGUCCAUGAGGCGGCGGCGCGGCGGCGCGGUGGUGGUCGCGUCGGACGCGGCGGCGGCGGCGGGGAGCGCGGAGUUCGGCGACGAGGAGAACCCGUACGAGCUUCUGGGCAUCAGGCCGCUCGAUAGCUUCGACCACAUGAAGAUGGCCUACAAGAAGAAGCGCAGGGACGCGGAGGAGACUGGAGACGAGGAGUUCCUGGCUAAGUUGGACAGGGCGUACGACACUGUCAUGAUGCAGCAGCUGCAGUAUCGGAAGAAGGGAGUCACAUACGGGUCAGUUCAGGUGUCAAAGGAUAUCAAGUAUGCUGACAAUCAACCAAUAGUGCCUUGGGGACCUAGAUUCUCCAGAUCAACAGUUAAGGACAUGCGCAUAAAUAUGGCACUAUCUGCAGCAUUUGUUGUUUGGAUAGCUAUAAUGGGCAAUGCAGACUGGAAGCCUUUGCAGUUCCUAUGUUUUGCUUUCUUCUACAGAAUACUACAGAAGCUACGAGCUACUGAACCACCAAUCACUCCAAUAUACAAUGAGUAUGGUGAGGUUGAAGGGCGGGGGAUACGAAUGGCAAAAAGAGUAGUCCGAGCUUUGGGUUUGAUAUUUGGAUGUGUAUUCACUGCAUCCCUGGGUUAUACAGCAGCAGUUAACGUGAUUGAGCUUUCAUUGCAGUAUACUCCCCGUAUUGUUUAUUACUACCAGGAGUUGAUUGUUACCGCGGCUGCAUCUGUUCUACUUUACAUCACAGCUUCAUACUACCGAUAAACAAUCUAGGAGUAAUUGUGGCCUGGGUUCGACGACCUUGGGACGUUAGGAUGUGCGGAGCUUCAUUGAGGCAUUCGUUUGGAGUGGUGUUACCUUGUGCAUUACGCGAAAGCUAAGAAUCCACAAAUUUUGGAGUACACUGAACUUUUGAGGCAGAGAGCUUUGGGUGCAUUUUAUCUGAGCAAUCGGCACCCACUGGGCAAAACGCUGAUGGCCGGUGAAAAUAUUUCAUGUGCAUAUUUCGACAGCUAUGUUAUGUAUGAAGAUUGUAUCAGAUCCAUGUUAGGACUUGAUUAUUA